GAAAAAAAAAAUGAAAGAAAGAUGACAUGGAGUGGAGAAAAGAUGAACCACAGCUCAUGCAUAUAUUCUUCCACAAGGCCCACUCAUGUAUUCAUAAGGCUGAGUGAAGCACAGAGACAGCAGGAAAGCAUCUCCUGCAAUAGAUAGGAAAUGCCCAACCAUGGCGACGAUCGAGGAUUGGUCCUCUCUGUUGAUGCGAAGCCACGGCUUAAAUGGACACAGCAGCUUCACCGGCGCUUCGUUGAUGCAGUCUCUCAGCUUGGCGGAGCGGACAAAGCAACACCAAAAUCAUUGAUGCGAGCAAUGGGAGUUCCCGGGCUUACUCUUUACCAUCUGAAGAGUCAUCUUCAGAAAUAUAGGCUAGCAAAGAAUCGAGAUACAAACACACCAGGUGACAAUAAAAAGAAAGCAGAUUGCAAGGCAACUAGUACCACGACCAUGGAGAACGAAGCUGCCCAUAUCGAUCAGGAGAAAACUCCAGCUCAGUUCGACGAGACCAUGGUGCAGAUGCAAAUCGAGGUGCAGAGGAAGUUGCAGGAACAAAUUGAGGUGCAGAGACACUUGCAGCUCCGUAUCGAAGCGCAAGGAAAGUACCUGCGGUCGGUUCUGAGAAAGGCCCAGGAAACACUCGCUGGUUAUACUUCGAAUUCAUUGGGAGUGGAGGCCGCCAAGGCCGAACUCUCGGAGCUGGUCUCUGCGGUGGAGACGGAGUGCUUGAGUUCUUCCUUCUCGCAAGGUAGCUUGAUUCCCAAACGAGCUGAACAUGCUGACUGCUCCACGGACAGCUGCUUAACUUCAUCUUUAGAGAGACAGGACGCAAAGGUUCGAAAGCAACGUAGACUGGAGCACAGCUCCUCUCUCGACAACUGGAGCGAAGGGUCCGACGAGAUCAAUCCUAAUGGCACGAAAGCGGUGGAGACUCGAGCGAACGACAUGCUCGGUAAGGAGAAGGGAAGCUGCAGUAGCAUCAUCUAUGGGGAAGCCAGCGUCGAACAGCCCACAAGUGGGAAGCAGGAAACCAGUAGUUUUGGGGUCCCGCGAGGGCUCGAUCUAAACAGAUAGUUAGGCAGUAAAAAGCUGGGAGCGAGCAAUGCCAUUUCCCUUGGGAGGCAUUUGAGGCACUUUGGGUGAGAAUUUUCCCUUCGAGGACCGCAGCGCCUGAGAGUCGAGCUGCCAUCAGUUGCUGCUCUGCUAUUUGUUUGCUAUUGUCGAUGUGUUUGUGUAUGCUGCCCCAAACCAAAGCAGAUCCUUGUAAAGCUUGGUCCUCCAUUAUAGUUGGUAUAUACUGUAUCUUUAUUUAUAUACAGUGGUUGAAGGUGGGGAGCAGGGAGAUGACACAUGGCAUUUGAAUAAAUUUUGCGUUUGGUA